UGCUGUGGCGUUGAUUCGAUCUCCGACUUUAACUCUAUUUCCUGGAAAUCUAUUUACAUCUAUCCAUCAUACCCAAGAACGUGUCACUUGGAUGCUGAUACCGUGAGAUGGUACACCAACAGAGUAAUGUCGUCGUUCAAAGAUACAGUCUAUACUAAAGGAUGUGCCAAAGAAGUUCUGGAUUCCAUACAUAAAUACGAUAUGGCGGGAUUGGUCCUACUCUCUCUAUCCUUAGUACUAGAGAUGACGACGGUUGUGUUACUAGAUCGGCGGUAUAAAAAGAGAGUGGCACCUGGUCAACUGAGAGGUGCUUUCUCCACUUUCGUCCAUCACGUAAAAGGGAACAGGGUGAAUGCCAGUAACUAUAUACCAGGCCUCACUGCAAAAAUAUUAGUGUUCGCAAGUCUUACUGCCUUCUUAAUGUUUGCUGAAUUAUUGCUGUGGGUCGGUGUACUGAUACAAACAUUUGCUCCCGGCCAUUUGACAUAUGGUUUGGUGAAACAGCUCACCGAUGCGGAGCAUUGCGUUUAACGAUCAACACCCACACUUAGGCUACCUCCUCUACGGACUUCUGAUCACUAUAUUUGUCACUGAGAUGCUGUUUGUCAUAAUGCACGUUAUCACUAUAUUCGCUAUCAGAACGCUUCGAAAGGGUUUAAUUUAUAUGUCCGUCGUGCUGAUGGCUUGUAUGAUGAUAUGCGAUAUUAUCACCCUCUCUCUUGCGUCACUAUUGAAUGAUAAGGCUGGACAUAACUGCGAGGAUACAUUCUAUUGGUUGGGAUUUUGUGAUACACAAACAAGCACGGUGUUACUGAUGACAGGAUUGUAUAUCGGAUUUGAUGUCGUUCAUAUAGCUUGUUUGUGUGUGUUGAUCGGCCUUGGCCUACAUCUCAGUAAGAAUGCUUCCCCAGUGACGAUAGUGACACCAGUAGAUGGGCUUUCUGGACUUAAUACUGUUCCCUUAUCAAACCCCGUACAGUCGCCUGCGAGAGAUAAUUCUGUGAAUGCUUCAGUAGCAAAUUCUACUUCAGAUAGACUUGACCGUCGUGUAUCGGUCGCCCAAACUAAUACAGUCCGCAAAUCAUCUAUAGCACAGUCAAACACUAAUCGUGAAACACCUAUUUCCCAACGUGGCACUGGCCGGCGAACAUCUAUAGCUCCGUCGACCAGAGGACGACAAUUAUCUAGAGCCGAAGCGACGACAGAUCGGCAGUCAUCAGUUACACCUACUGUAAGAUCGGUCGAUGACGUUGAUAACGAUGACCUCGAAACAACGUAUGCCUGAAGGAAAUUUGACCUGAACAUUUUCACAUGAACUUGACCUCAAUUCGACCUAGAUUGACAUGACGAAAUUUGUACCUUUGUAACGAGUUUAAGUGGUGGCUUUUAGAUUGAUGAUUUACACGACGAUCAAGGGCAUACGACACAGUCAGGAAAUAAUUAAGCAACUGCCAUUAAAAUUGACAUGAGUGAUCUUUACGCCACCAUUUGCUUUGCUGCAAAAAAUCAACUGCCUUUCCAUACUAUUUGUCUUCGAUAUGUAGACGUAUUGGAGGAAGCAUGCUUUUUUUUUUAUUCAAAAGAGCGAUUAUUUCAAAUUAAAGAUGGAAAUGCAAUAAUUUUCCGUUAUUGUUUAAUGGUAAUAUGGAGAAUCCUAUUUUAGUUCAGAAACUAACAAGUCAGAAUU